UAUAAUAAUAAUAAUAAUCAAAAAUAAAUAAAAUAAAUAGUAAUUAAAAGCCACAAAACAAGUGAGCAAUCAAUGGAUUCAGUCAUUCAUAUGCUAUGAGUCUAUGACUACUACUGUAUAUAAACUAUGCCUUAAAUGCCAAACGAUGUGUUGUUUUGAUUGAAUGCUUCAAUAAUAUACAGCAAUAAUAAUAAACAACUAAUCAAUUGUAUGGCAAAGCAUUGCCAAUGCUUUUCAGUGUCAAUACAAACACUCAAUUGUGUCACUCAUUGUGUGAUCAGUCGGUGACAACACAAUUGCCAUUUGACGACACAGUAUCACCCAAUUGAUCACAACAGACAUAAUCGUCAUAAAAGUGGUGAUAAUUUGAUCCGAUUUUGGCAUUGAUUUUAUGCUCACUUGAGAUGUGAUCCAUAUUUGGCGCCAAAGUUUGUCUUCGAUAUCAAAACACGCUUUCAAGUUGUGGUGACUUUUUGUGGUAACAAUUCAUUAAUCGUUUGAUGUGAAGACCGCAUAGACUUUUACAUUGAUUAAGAGUUGACAAAAAAUGGCAUCAAUUGAUCGGUCGUCCAUCUUAUGUACGGGCAAUCAACGAGACGGUCAGUCGGGCACCGGAACCACUCAAUUCAAUGUAACGCCAUAUAAGAUAUGUGUGUCGGCUUUGAUCAAAGUAUUCAUUGACGACAAACAGGACCGAUCAACACAUACCACUCAACGUGAAGUCGGUAUGUUUUGUCUCACGUGCCUUAAGCUCAUCCAAUCGCUCGACACAACGUAUCGACAAUUUCUACAACAAUUAGCCCAACCGUAUAUCACGAAUAGGGUGCGCAAGAAGUUGACCGAUAAGAUUAGUGUCAUUACUAGCGAUCCAAACGAAUUAUUGGAUCUGAUCGGUAGUUUAAAGACAUUGAUAUUAUCGCAGACCAAUGUUAUCCAGAAGUCAUCAAUAGUAGGUCUGUUCAUACGUCGCAUGUGGUUAUACUACGACAAGUUGUCAUUCAGUGCCACUUCUCAACUGUUCCACAGUCUCUGCGAUUAUAUCAAUGAUAAGAAUGACUCAAAGAUUAGUAAUACUGUCAACACAUCCAUUAAUGUUGAGAACAAAUCAGAAACUUGUCCUCAAAUUCAGUAUUUUAUUAGCAAACAAUUAAAUCUAAUACAAAUCAAUGAGAAGAAAGCCUUAUCGCCAUUUGAUCUCUUGGAACAAAUUAAGAAUAAUUGUCAAACAGCUGAUGUGAACACUAGUUCUGCAAACAAUGAUUUAAAUGACGUUCAUUUUCUAAAAUAUUUGAAUGCACUCCGAGUGGAUGAGUUUGCGGCGGCCAAAGAGUCUUUGAUGGCUUAUUUUGAUGGUAACGCCAAUCAAAUGAAUAGAUGUUGGUCUGCACUUAACCUGGCUAUUCUUCAUUCGCAUUUUGGUCAUCACGAAUGGACUAUUCAGACGAUCAAAGAGUGUAUAUCAGCGGCACAGGAAUCAAAUGAUGAGAAAUGUCUAGAAUUUGCUCUAAUGUGGGUCUCAAGAGUUUUAAUCAAAACUGAUUCAGAUUGUGAUAUAUCAUUGCUUUUGAAUCAUUUGCAAACUAAAGCCAAUGAGUUGGGUCUGCCAUACAUUUCAUCGAUAUCUCAGUUACAAUCGGAACGAAUAAAAAUUUCAUCGAAAUCGUUGUUAAACACAAGCGAUAACUUUGUCAAACCAACCAUUUCUUCGACUUCAUCGCCUGGAGUACUGGCAGUUAGACAUUCAAUGAAUGACGUUCUUAUGAUGUCGUAUUCUUCAAGAUCUGCUUUACUUAAUCUUUACGGAGCGGCCAAUUUGGCGGCACUUACUUCGCAAGUGUUGCUACAUUUGAAUGUUGUUGAACCAGUUGGCGAGUCUAAUGUCUAUCACGUCAAUGAAAGUACAUGUAUUGGUGUCCGUAAUAUAGCACUUCAUAUGUGGCGUAAUGUCGGCCAAUACGUGAUCGCACGGGAUAUGCUUAUGAGAUUAAGUUCAUUGUUUUCACAAUAUAAAAGUCGUUUAAAUGCCAUUUGUUUUCAAGCCUUAGCUGAAAUUGAGUUUGAAUUGGAUCUAAAUCAAUGCAACUGGAGAUCUGCCCUAAAAUGUGUUCAAUUAAUCAAUUCGUGCGAUAGACUAGAGGCUAACAUCCGGUUAGCACAUCUGAAAGCAAAACAGGGAGAUAAACAAAAGGCUAUCAAUUUGAUUGAUGAAACAAUUAAUUGCGAAGACAUUCAAAAGAAAGAUGUCAACCCUUUUCUUAAAAUAAAUGCUAUGCUUUUAAAGGGAAAAUUGUUGAAUGAUAUGACAAUAAUCCUCGAUUGUAUUGAUCAGUGUUCUCAGAAUAACCUGUUGGGUCUGGAGGUGUCCUCUCUCGUAGAGUUGGCCGCAAUUCUUCAACAAAAACAAUUGAUAUCACAAUCGCAACAUAUUAUUGACUCAGUUAUGAUUAGAUUGUUAGCAAACGGAACGAUAGGCGAUAUAGCAAAAGCUUAUUAUAUCAGUGCUGGCAAUCAUUUCCGAAACUAUGAGGAGAUGUCUGGUCAGACAAAUGCUAAUCUAAUUGAUUUAGACAAAGCCUUGAAGUCCAAUGAACGGGCCAUUCAAUUGUGGAAACUUAUUGAUGAUAAACAUUCACUCAAAGAUUCUUUUACAUUGAAUACUAAGAUUUACCAUAAAAAGCAUGACUUUUCUCAAAGAAAUUAUUAUGCACUUCAAGUCAGACUUAUUGUGACAAAUCAGAUGAAUGAUUAA